CUACUAAUCACACACUCACGUGACCCUCGGCUAGACAAAAACACACACAUAAUAAAAAUAGGAUAAAUAAAUUUAAAAAAAGGGGCCAAUUAAUGAGAUAAAAGAUCACACAAAGACGCACAAGGUGAGGGCUCAAUGAUUCAAAGCACACCGUAUCAUAUGAAAAAGUGACACCCACCACCAACCAAAAGCGAUUCUUCAAAGCCUUCUUGGGGACAGAGAAAAACCAAAAACCACCUCAAAACGAUGUGUUUUGAUGUUUUGAUUUUAUUCGCAUAUUUUCUCUCUCCCUCUCUCUCUGGCUAAUGAGUGUGGGUCUCUGUAACAUUGCGCAUUCUGGCGCAACAUAUGGCAGCAGCGUCUCUGCGAAACAGUAAACACCUUCCUCCUCUGCCACUGACGCUCCCUCUUUGUCUUCGCUGCUAACUUGCGCUCUCUUUGUGCACACUCUAUUAACCUUCACCGGCACCGUAACUAAUUUCUGUUUAAAGUCCUUUCAGUCUCGGUUCUUUUACCAUCGAUCAAUGGCUACUGUGGAGAAUGUUGUGAUGUUCUUUGUUCUGGUUUUGUGUGCGCCUCCGUUGUUACGUUGCGCCACCCAGCGUAGUUCGGAGAAUCUGGUGGAGAUCGAAGCUUUGACGGCCUUUAGGAUCAAUCUCCAUGAUCCACUUGGGGUGUUGGAUGGCUGGGAUGCGUCUACUCCUUUUGCUCCAUGCGACUGGCGUGGAGUCGUCUGUACGAACAACCGAGUCACUGAGCUUCGUCUCCCACGGCUUCAACUUGGUGGCCGACUCAGUGACAGACUAGCGGAGCUGCGUAUGUUGCGGAAGUUGAGCCUCCGCUCUAAUUACUUUAACGGUACUAUUCCUGCUUCUCUCUCCCAAUGCGCGCUUCUACGAGCUGUCUUCUUGCAGUAUAACUCACUUUCCGGAAACCUUCCGCCGGAGAUCGGUAACCUCACCGGUCUUCAGAUUCUAAAUGUUGCUGAAAACAACCUUUCCGGUGAAAUCUCUGGAAAUCUUCCUGUAGACAUCAAGUACCUCGAUCUUUCAUCCAACGCAUUCUCUGGUUUCAUUCCACGGAGCAUUGGAAAUUUAUCUCAGGUGCAGCUUAUCAAUCUCUCCUUCAAUCAGUUCUCUGGUCAGAUUCCAGCGAGUCUCGGUGAUCUUCAGAAUCUGCAGUAUCUCUGGCUAGAUAACAAUCGUUUGGAGGGGACUUUGCCUUCUGCUGUAGCUAACUGUUCUUCGCUGGUGCAUUUGAGUGCGGAAGAAAAUGCGCUUGGAGGAGUGAUUCCUGCAGCCGUUGGAGCGCUGCCUAAACUGCAAGUCCUCUCGCUCUCGCAGAACCACCUCUCCGGCUCUGUCCCUUCUUCGAUCUUCUGCGGAGUUAAUCCGCCAUCACUGCGGAUUGUUCAACUAGGUUUCAAUGAGUUCACGGUCCUCACGGACAUAGUGAGGCUGGCUCAGUCAGGCACGUGCUCCAGUGUUCUACGUGUUUUGGAUCUCCAGCAGAAUCAGAUACGCGGCGUUUUCCCUGCGUGGUUAACGCAGGUAACAACUCUAACUAUACUGAAUAUUUCUGGUAACAAGUUUUCUGGUGCGAUUCCCCCAGAAAUUGGUAACUUGUCUGGCUUAGAGGAGCUACGGAUGGCUAACAACUCCUUCAGUGGAGUAGUUCCGGUCGGCAUUCAGCAAUGUGGCUCACUGCAUGCUCUGGAUCUUGAAGGAAACUUAUUUUCAGGGGAGGUACCUGCAUUUUUGGGUCAUAUGAAGAGUCUGAAGAUGAUGUUGCUUGGUGCAAAUCACUUUUCCGGUUCAGUUCCAGCAAGUUUUCGAAAUCUUACGGAGUUGGAGACCUUGAGCUUGAAUUCUAACAGGUUAAAUGGAAGUUUUCCUGAAGAGCUGAUGGGGUUGAGUAAUCUGACGGCAUUGGACCUCAGUGGGAAUAAAUUUUCUGGUGAAAUUCCUGCUAGCAUUGGGAAUCUGAGUCACCUAACGGUUUUGAACCUAAGUGGCAAUGGCUUUUCAGGGAAGAUACCAGCUAAUUGUGGUAAUCUAUUCAGGCUAACUACUCUUGAUUUGAGCAAACAGAGUUUGUCCGGUGAGUUGCCAUCUGAGCUUGCCGGCCUGCCAAAUCUACAAGUAGUUGCUGUGCAGGGGAACAUGUUGUCUGGGGAUGUGCCUGAAGGGUUUAGCAGUUUAUUGAGCUUGCGCUAUUUGAACAUCUCCCGAAAUGGCUUUUCUGGUCAUAUUCCGGCAACCUUUGGGUAUCUUCGCGCACUGGAGGUUCUCUCACUCUCUGAGAAUCGUCUGUCUGGGGUGAUUCCUCCUGAGCUUGGGAACUGCUCUGAUCUUGAGGUUCUUGAGCUUCGCUCAAAUGCUUUAACAGGCAACAUUCCAACUGAUCUAUCUCGUCUCUCGCACUUGCAUGUGCUUGAUUUGGGUAUGAACAAUUUAACAGGUGAAAUCCCAGAUGAAAUUUCUGAAUGCGCAUCAUUAACCUCUUUGUUAUUGGACUCCAAUAACAUUUCGGGCGAAAUACCAGAAUCAUUGUCCAAGUUAGGGAACCUGACAGUACUAGAUCUCUCUAACAACAAUUUGACUGGGGAGAUUCCUGCUAAUCUCACUCUUAUUUCUGGCUUGGUAUACUUGAAUGUGUCACAGAAUAACCUUGAGGGUGAGAUUCCGGUGAUGCUGGGUUCUAGAUUUAACAAUCCAUCAGCAUUUGCCAAUAAUCGAGACUUGUGCGGAAAGCCAUUGGAUCGGAAGUGUGUGGAUGAAGCUGAGAAGGAUAGGAGGAAGAGGUUGAUACUGUUAAUUGUUGUGGUUGUAAGUGGGGCUUGCCUAUUGUCAUUCUGCUGUUGCUUCUACAUUUACAGUCUAUUGAGGUGGCGUAGGAGACUCAAGGCAGGGGCAGCUGGGGAGAAGAAACAUAGCCCUGCUAGGGCUAGCUCAGGAGCAAGUGGAGGUCGAGCCAGCUCAGAAAAUGGAGGUCCAAAGCUUGUUAUGUUCAAUAACAAGAUCACAGUAGCGGAAACAAUCGAAGCAACUCGUCAGUUCGAUGAAGAAAACGUGCUUAGCAGAACUCGAUAUGGUCUGGUUUUCAAGGGUAUUUACAAUGAUGGCAUGGUGCUCUCAAUCCGCCGCCUUCCAGACGGAUCACUUGACGAAAACAUGUUCAGAAAAGAAGCUGAAUUUCUAGGCAAAGUGAAGCACCGUAACCUCACUGUUCUUCGAGGCUACUAUGCAGGGCCACCUGAUCUAAGGCUCCUUGUCUAUGACUACAUGCCCAAUGGAAAUCUCGCCACUCUCCUCCAAGAAGCAUCACACCAAGAUGGUCAUGUCCUGAAUUGGCCAAUGCGCCACCUCAUUGCUCUUGGCAUUGCUCGCGGCCUAGCCUUUCUGCACACAUCCAACAUCAUCCAUGGUGACAUCAAGCCGCAAAGUGUGCUAUUUGAUGCUGAUUUCGAAGCCCAUCUCUCCGAUUUUGGGCUCGACCGGCUUAUUGUUUCGACUCCUGCAGAACCCUCCACUUCUAAAACAACAGUUGGGACUCUGGGUUAUGUAUCACCAGAAGCAGUACUAACAGGGGAGGCCACAAAAGAAUCAGAUGUAUACAGCUUCGGCAUUGUCUUGCUUGAGCUACUAACAGGUAAAAGGCCAGUGAUGUUUACACAAGAUGAAGACAUAGUGAAGUGGGUCAAGAAGCAGCUCCAGACGGGUCAAGUUACAGAGUUGUUAGAGCCAGGGUUGCUUGAGCUAGACCCUGAAUCAUCAGAAUGGGAAGAGUUCUUGCUCGGUGUCAAAGUUGGGUUGCUCUGCACUGCACCAGACCCUCUUGAUCGACCCACCAUGUCUGACAUUGUCUUCAUGCUCGAAGGUUGCCGUGUUGGCCCCGAUGUUCCGUCCUCCGCCGAUCCAACCUCCCAUCACUCCCCAGUGUAACAACACGGGAGAAAUCUUACCCAUUUCUUUUGAUUUUUUAGUUCAGAUUUACUCUGUUUUUAUUUUAUUUUACAACUUUACCCUUUUGCUCUUUCAUCAUUCGACGCCGGCGUGUGGGGCCCGGUCGGAUUAAAGAACCAACACUUUCAGUCAAGGAUACUGGUACUGGAUAGUCUAUGGGGCCCAGUUAGCGUAUUUCCCGCCAAACGCGAGAGAGACCUUUCUGAUACGGUCACGUGGCAGAAAUGCCCUAGCCGUUAAUGUUGGGGGCCCGAUGUACAGUACACACCCUGGCUGCCAGGCAAUGAACGAAGGAACGGUCUUUUUCCAGUGAAGGAGGGGCAUUAAUAUUUGAUCCUUCAUAAAAAAACCCAGUUGCCAUGUGGAGAUCUGUCCGUUGCCUCAGUUUUCGAAGGCAAGCGAUGUGUACAAACUACGAAGAAGUAGAAGACAAAAGAACCCAAAAUUUAAGGUCCCACUAUAUCAGUGAACUCAGUACUUAGUGGCAGGAAAUGGGAAAGCAACAGUCAAAAAAGAGUAGAGAAAACGAUGUGUUGUCACCACAAUUUCAUUUGUGGGUCAUGACAAGUUUGAUUAUCUUUGAAAUUUGAUAUAUCCACUUCACUUCUGUUUUUUAUUUGGCCA